CCGACCAUGAUCACGAGCUGGAUCAUGAUCAUGACCAUGACCACAUUGAUGAUAAUCUAGAGGACAAUGGAGAUGGCGGUAAGAUGUAUGGUCAUGUUUAUGUUAAGGAGCCAAUGAUACCUCACAAGCCGAUCGUUACGUCCGGCACUGGCACUACCAGCUCGGGUGACACUCCGAAAUUUCGUAAUGUGGGCGCACAGGGCGGGCGUGGCGACAUGUAUGUGGUGCGUGAAUCGGACCGACAGACGAGCACGCGAGGUCGCGACGGUUUCGUGGCCGGGGCCAGCAACAAGCAGAAGGGAUUCCGGCCAUUCGCCAAUCGGGUGGUGGUCCACGACGAUCCGCGGCAGCUGGGCCAGCCCGGCGAUGGCUACAGCGCACCGCCGUCCACUGGCUGCCACAACACGUGCGAGGAGUCGCAGUGGCAGUGCAGCAAUUGCCAGUGCAUCGAGUCGCACGGCCGCUGCAAUCGCGAGGUGCAGUGCACGGAUGGCAGCGACGAGUACGACUGCGACAACAUGGACGACAUGAUGUCCAAGCUGCAGAAGGAGUGCGAGCAGAGCGGCCUGCAUGUGAUGUGCCCCAAGACCUAUCGCUGCAUCAACAAGGACUGGCUGUGCGAUGGCGACGACGACUGCGGCGACUACUCCGAUGAGACGCACUGCGGCGCCCGCACCAACUGCACCGAGGAUCAGUUUGAGUGCCAGAACGGCUUCUGCAUUCCGCGUCAAUGGGUCUGCGAUGGCGAGAACGAUUGCAAGGAUUACUCGGACGAGGCGCACUGCAAUCGCAGUAGCUGCACCGACGAGCACUUCACCUGCAACGAUGGCUACUGCAUCUCGUUGGCCUUUCGCUGUGAUGGCGAACGCGAUUGUGAUGACAACUCCGACGAGCUGAAGUGCCCGGCCGUCAUCAACAGCUGUCCGGAGGGCGAGUUCAAGUGCCGCAGCGGACUGGGCGGCGCCGGCGGGCCCAGCGGACAGUGCAUACUCAAUCGCUUUCGCUGUGACGGCGACAACGACUGCGGCGACUGGAGCGACGAGGAGAACUGCCAGCAGAAGCCGUCCCAGUGCACCUCCAGCGAAUUCAAGUGCGCCGACGGCACCUGCAUACCCAAGCGCUGGAAGUGCGACAAGGAGCAGGACUGCGAUGGCGGCGAGGACGAGAACGACUGCGGCAACAUGAGCCCGGAGCAUCCCCUGACCUGUGGCCCCGACGAAUUCACCUGCCACAACGGACGCUGCAUUUUGCGCACUUGGCUCUGCGAUGGCUAUCCGGAUUGCUCGUCGGCGGAAGAUGAGGUCGACUGUCAUCUGCUGUGUGACGCCGGCCAGUUCCUUUGUCCGGCCAAGAAGAACAUCACCAAUCUGAAAAUCUGUGUGCACCAGAAGCACGUCUGUGAUGGCCAGAACGACUGUCCCCUGGGCGAGGACGAGGUGAACUGUCCCGUGGAGCAGAAGUGCCCCGAGCCCCAGCAGUGUGAGCAGCUGUGCAUCAAGACGGCGCGGGGACGCGAUGAGUGCGCCUGCCGCCUGGGCUACCUAAUGCACGCCAACAAGCGCAACUGCACGGACAUAGACGAGUGCCAAUAUCUGACGAGUCCCGUCUGCUCGCAGAAGUGCCACAAUACGCUGGGCUCGUUCGUCUGCUCCUGCGAGACGGGGUACAUAUUACGGCCGGAUCUGCGCACCUGCAAGGCGCUGGGCGGGGCGAUGACGCUGCUCGUGGCGAACCGUUGGGACAUCCGGCGCGUAACACUAAGCAAUAAUCGAUAUAUGGCAAUAGUGAAGGGACUGCACAAUGCAAUCGCCUUGGACUUUCAUUACCGGAAGGGUCUGCUGUUCUGGUCGGAUGUCUCCACCGAUGUGAUCAAAAUGGUUAACAUUAACGGCACCCAAGUGCGCAGCAUUAUCAAGUGGGGCUUGGAGUCGCCGGGCGGCAUUGCCGUCGACUGGGUACAUGAUCUAUUGUUUUGGACGGACUCGGGCACGCGACGAGUCGAGGUAUCCAACUUCCAGGGGAACUUACGUACGGUGAUUGCGUCGAGUGAUCUGGAUAAACCGCGCGCCAUUGUCAUCCAUCCGGGCGAAGCUCUGGUUUUCUGGAGUGACUGGGGACCAAAUCCGAAAAUCGAACGCGCCCACAUGGAUGGCUCGCAGCGACAGGUGAUCAUCUCGAAGGGCGUCACCUGGCCGAAUGGCCUGGCCAUCGAUUAUCCAAAUAGCAAAAUCUAUUGGGCCGAUGCCAAGCAACACGCCAUUGAGUGCUCCAAUUUGGAUGGCAGCGAACGCAUCAAGGUGCUCAGCACCCAUCUACCUCAUCCAUUUGCACUGACCAUAUUCGAGGACACGAUGUACUGGACCGACUGGAAUACAAAGACUGUCUCAGCUGCCAAUAAGAUAACCGGAAAGGGUUUUCGUUCGGUGCACGAGAAUUUUCAUUUUCCCAUGGACAUUCACGCCUAUCAUCCGGCACGCCAGCCGGACUAUCAGGAUCGCUGCCAAAAGGACAGGCGUGGCAUGCGCGGCGGCUGUUCCCAUUUGUGCCUCCCCAAUAAGACCUCACGCCGCUGCGGCUGUCCCAUUGGACUGUCACUGAAGGACGACGGCAAGACCUGCAAGAGUGCCCCAGAUAAGCUCGUCCUAGUGGCACGCCGCAAGGAUAUUCGCCUACGCCAGCUAAAUACGAAACCCUCUGGACCGAACGAUGUUGACAUGAUUGUACCCCUGGACAAUUUGAAGCAUGCCGUUGCGCUCGACUGGUGCAGUGAGACCGAUUUCAUUUAUUGGACCGAUGUGGAGCGCAGCUCCAUCAAUAAGGCUCAUCUCAAUGGCAGCUAUCAGCAACGCGUCGUCCACUCGAAUUUAGUUUCGCCCGUUGGCCUGGCCCUCGAUUGGAUCACGGACAAAUUGUACUGGACAGAUCCCUCAACCAAUCGCAUCGAAGUGGCAACCACAAAUGGCAAAAUGCGCACGCUCCUUGUCUGGGAGAAGUUGGACAAGCCGCGCGACAUUGUCGUAAAUCCAAUAGAGGGCCUUAUGUUCUGGUCCGAUUGGGGUGAGGAGGCCAUGAUCGAGCGAGCGAACAUGGACGGCGCUAGCCGAGUGAUCAUAGCAUCUAAGAAACUCAUCUGGCCCAACGGACUUGCUAUCGACUACGAUGAACAUAAGCUCUACUUUGUGGACGGCGGCACAAAGACGCUGGAGAACAUGAACUUCGAUGGCAGCAAUCGCAAGGUCAUAAUCAAUGGACUGGGGCAUCCCUUCGGGCUGGAUGUGAGCGGCGGUCGUGUGUACUGGACGGACUGGGAUACGAAGUCGGCGAUGAGUGCCGACAAAUUCACGGGCAAGAGCGUCAGCACGGUGAUUGCCAACACGAGUGACCUAAUGGACAUCCGGGUAUUUCAUCGUACCCGCAGGCGUGUCUACAAUGCGUGCGAUAAGCAGAACGGCGGCUGCUCCCACCUCUGUCUCCUGAAUCCGACUAGCUUCACGUGCGCCUGCGCCGUUGGGGUGCAGCUGAAGGAGGAUCGUCGCACUUGCUCCGAGGGUCCGACGAAAUACAUUCUGUUCGCCCAUCGUAUCGACAUCCGUCAGAUCUCCUUAGACUUUGAUCAUUUGAUCGAUGUGGUGCUGCCCCUGCCGCCAAUCUCGAAUGCCGUUGCCCUCGACGUAGACCAGAAGACGGGCUACAUUUUCUGGUCGGACACCAUUGAGAACGUGAUCAUGAGCUCCAGUGCGGACGGGCUGCAUGUACACAAAGUGAUCGGCGAGAGUCUGGAGAAUCCAGAUGGACUGGUAGUCGACUCGAUCGGCCGCAUGAUCUAUUGGGCCGAUGCAGGUCGUCAUACCAUAGAAGUGGCCACGCUCGACGGCAAUAAUCGGCAUGUGAUUGCCUACAAGGAUCUGGAGUCGCCGCGCGGCCUGGCCCUCGACUACGAGGCGGGUCUACUGUUCUGGACCGACUGGGGUCACUACCGUAAGAUCGAACGCUCGCACCUGGACGGCAACGAGCGCUCCCGCAUUGUGACAGCCAAUCUCGGCUGGCCGAACGGACUCUCGCUGGACCUGAAGAGCAAGCGCAUCUAUUGGGUGGACGCUCUGCGAAAGACCAUCGAUUCAUGCGACUACACGGGUAAUCAGCGCAAGCUGAUCAUGUCGGCCCUACAUCAUCCCUAUGCUCUGGCGCUCAGCGAUGACCACAUCUACUGGACGGACUGGAAGUCGAAGGCCCUGCACAUGGCGGAUCGGCGCCAGACCAGCAACAAGCGCGAUGUCAUGACCAACAUUGAUGGCCUGAUGGACAUUAAAGUGAUCAUCAGGCAGCCGCAGCUGGCGGAGAAUGUUUGCGGACGCAACAAUGGCGGCUGCUCCCAUCUGUGCCUGCGCAAUCCGGCGGGCUAUUCGUGCCAGUGCCCCACCGGACUCAAGCUGCGGGAGAAUAGCACCACUGAAUGUCAAAAUCUACCAGACGAUUAUCUGCUGAUCGCGCUGCGCUCGGGCAUUGGCAUGAUUUCGCUGAACAGCGGCGACUACAUGGACGUGGUGCUGCCCAUCAAUGGGGUCCAUGGCGCCGUUGUGCUGGACUAUCACUAUCGCAGCAAUUGGCUCUUCUUCGCGGACGUCAAUAUGGACGUCAUACGCCGAGUCAAUCUGUUGAACCUCACCGAGAGCAAGGUGGUGGUCAGCACGGAUCUGUUGACGCCCAAUGGGAUUGCGGUUGACUGGAUAGCCGACAAUCUCUACUGGUCGGACACGGAUCGGAAACUGAUUGAGGUGUCGCGCCUCGAUGGCAGCAGCCGCAAGAAGCUCAUCUCGGAAGAUCUGGGCGAUCCACGCUCUCUUAUCGUGCAUCCCUCCAAGGCCUUUCUGUUCUGGUCGGACUGGAACUCACCGUCGAAGAUCGAGCGAAGUCUCUUGGAUGGCUCCAAUCGCACGGCCAUUGUGACAUCGGGCAUUGGCUUUCCGACGGGUCUAACCAUUGACUUUAGCAACCGACGUCUGCUGUGGGCCGAUGCACUUGAGGAUAAUAUCGGCCAGGUUGAUUUCAAUGGCAAGCGCCGCCAGACAAUUGUGGCCUACGCACCGCAUCCAUUCGGCCUGACAAUGUUCGAGAACAACAUAUACUGGACCGAUUGGUACAACAAGUCCGUGUAUCGAUCGCAGCGUGAGCCUCGCGUCGGCUACAACUAUCCGUUUGAGGUGCGGGACGCUCUCAGUGGAGCGCUGGAUAUACGCGCCGUCUCGCUGCAGCGACAGGCGAAGACCUGGAAUCAGUGCGCCCAAGAGAAUGGCGGCUGUUCGCAUCUGUGCUUCUACCGGGUCGUUGAUUACGUGUGCGCCUGUCCCGAUCGACCGGAGAGCGACGGCCGCGUUUGCUCGACCACGCCCAAGGAGUUCGUGCCGCCCCGCCUCGAGAGCGAACAACCGCUGGACUACUCGGACGAACUGACCGAUGACGGCGGCUCGACUGACAGCCAGAAUAAUCACAACGAGACUGACGAUGAUCUCAACGCCAAGGAAAACAGCCAGCGCGAGUUCUUUGUGAUCAUCGCCCUGGGCGUGGUCAUUGUCAUGGUUAUCAUUAUAAUGCUCGUGAUAUUCAUGCUCGCUUUCAAUACGAAUCGCAAAAAGGCGAAGCGCAAUUCACGCGGCUCUAGCCGCUCUGUACUGACAUUCUCCAAUCCCAACUACAACGUGGAUGGCACCCCUAUGGAGCCAAAGACGAAUAUCUGGAGACGAUUCAAAUAUGAUAAAUCGCAUGAACGCGCCGGGGUGUACGAGGAGCGUAGUCUAACCACGGAAACUGCCUCGUCCAGCCUGUUUGUGCCAACGCCAUCGCCGAUGGCGUCGCCGUCAACAAAGACUAUGCAACUGACAACGCUAUCGACUAUCACAUAAAUUGAAAAAAAAAACACAAAAACAAAAAUAAUACUAACUAAAGAAACAAAAACAUGAAACAUGAAACGUUACAUAACUCAGUGAGACAUUAAGAUGCAUUCCAUAUAAAAAGAAAACAAAAGACAAACAUAAGAAAGCAUACUACAUAAUUAUUAAUACCAUUUUGUUACUAUGAGAAUGAGAUAAUGAUAAAUAAGCUGAUAAUGAUAAUGAUUAUGGUAAUGAUAUAUGAUAAUGCUAAUGCUAAUGAUAAUGAUGAUGAUGAUGGUGAUGAUGAUGACGACGAUGACGAUGUUGUAUGUAUAGGGCAAGAGAAGCUGAUGUGCUCAGACUCUUUAGUUAUAUAUUCGGGUUAGGUGUUAUGCUUUGGUAAAGGCAUAUGUAUAAGUAUAUAUAUAUAUAGACAUGUGCGUAUAUAUGUAUAUGUAUAUAUAUGUGUAUAAAUUAUCUGCCGAACUGGCUGUGUAAUUUAAUUGAUGAAUAGUAAAGACUCAGGCCUGUUACAGACGUCGAUUUUGAUAACAUUUCAUUUGUAUUUGAACAGUCAGCUAUUUAUGCCGUGAUUCUACUUGCCUA